AUGACAGCGGUUGGGCAGGUUCUUGCUUUUGCACUUCGAGCAAUAAGGACCAUCCCCCAUGAUCAAAGAUGGAAAGACUGGGCCGCGAGUCAAUUGGAUAUGUGGGUGAUUACAGAAGAAGAUUUACAUUCACCAACGCCGGAAAAUGAUGAGAAGCCCCCAACACCAUACAGGCCCCUGAAAAGUGCUCGGAACUUUGUCAAGAAAAGCCCUGUCCGCACCCGAUCAAAGGCCGCGCGGUCAACCUGCAAACCGACAUCUUUAUUGCAGAAUAGCAGUGGGGAAGAUGACAAUGAUAGCGAGUCUGACACAAAUCAUCCUAGCAAAAGACCUCGACGUCCUGCGGAUGUCAUGGUUGUGGUACCUCCGCCACCUAACCGGGUAUCAUCUUACAAGGGCCCCGUCUGUAAGGAUGGAACUCGGCGAUAUUGCACUCAGAAGUGCUUGCUUGGUCUCUUGAAUGGUGGGCCGCUGGAUAGGGCCUGUCCAAAUGCCAAAGAACAUGGGACAGAAGUCCAUAAGAUCAACCAUACCACUUUCCUCUCCCUCCUCAUGGCACAGAUACUACAAGAAAUAAAAGAUCCUUGGUCCCAGCCUCUGGGUUGCGAAUCGCUGCAUAGGCACGGUUCUCGUGGUGCACUCUUUGAAGUUAUUCUUUUUCAAUAUGGGUACACUCUGGUAGGAAAAGGUUUUCCUCUGGAGUUUGGUCCCUACCUCAGGCAUGAAAAAGGCACUCUACGACCACUUGCAGCCGAUCCAAGGUGUACAUAUUCCUACAUUCCCCACCUUUUACUUCUCGCCCACGCAGGCACUGAAAUUUCAAAAUGUAAUGUUGCAGAGACUCAAAUUGUGUCUGCAGUAUCGGAGGCAUUGCAGGCCGUUCAUGCGCUGGGUGUACUCCACUGUGAUGCGGAAGAAAGAAAUAUGUUUUGGAGUGAGGAAGGUGAGAAUGUGCUGGUAAUUGAUUUUGAAAGAGCAAAGAUUCUUCGCCGUGAACGAGCGCCUUUAGAAAACACAUCACCGAACCAGAAGAGAAAGAGGGGGUCCAAGAGUAUGGGUGGAGAAACAGAGCUGGCUGUGAGACAAAAGCGGAUUGACGCUAAAUUCGAGAGAGAGCUUCAGGAGACGGUGCGAUCCUUGAAUACAUACAGUGCUACGCAAAAAGUUUGA